AUGUUUUCUAUUGCAUAUAAUCAAUUAACAGAACUUCCUUCAUUCUUUUCUUUAUUAUCAAAUCUUAAUUCAUUAGACAUUGACCAUAAUCCAUUAACUUCAAUUAGCCUUUUAGCAAGUAUGAGUAUCUCUGAUUUAGUAAUGAGUGAUGUUUCAUUUAAUACUCUUUCAUUACAUGAAUUUAUUACAUUAACAAGACUAAGAAUAUUUGGUGGAAGUAUUAAACAAGUAAAUGAAUUACCUCCAAUUAAAACAUUAUAUCUAGAAAAUCUUGGUCUUAAAAAAAUUGAAUCAAUUCCAGAAUGUAAUGAACUUUCAUUACAGACAAAUGGACUUACUUCUAUUCCAGCAGUUAAUUCUGCUAUAGAAGUAUUAAAUUUAAAAGACAAUUUAUUAACACAAUUACCUGAUAUGUAUCCUACUCUUCAACGAUUGGAUGUUACAAAAAAUCUUUUAUCUGAAUUACCACAACUUCAUACAUCACUUCGAUUUCUUUCAAUUUCAUGUAAUAAUUUCGAUUCUUUUCCAAAUAAUAUAACUCAAUUAAUUCAUCUUCAUUAUCUGGAUUUAUCAAACAAUAAAGUUAUUUCUAUUCCAUCUUCAAUAUGUAAUUUAGUUGAAUUAGAACAAUUAAGAAUGUCUUUUAAUUAUAUUUGUUCAUUACCAAAUGAAAUAUCAAUGCUUAGUCAUUUAAGGCUAUUAAAUAUUUCUCAUAAUAGAUUAUAUCAAUUACCACCAUAUCUUCCUUUUUCAUUAAGAACAUUAUUAAUAAAUUCUAAUCACUUAAUUUGUUUACCUUCAAUAAUAAAAAAUAUUCAUUUAAUAGAAAUUGACAUUAGUUGUAAUCAACUUGUUAGUAUUGAUUAUUUAACAGCAAUUCAUUCAUUACAAAGUAUUAAUUGUAGUUAUAAUGAUAUUCAAACAAUACCAAAAGAAGUAUUUGAACAUAAAAAACUUGAAAGAUUAACUGUUUGUGGAAAAAGAUGUUCAGGAAUAAAUAAAUUAAAGAAAAAUACUGUUGUUUUAAUGACAACAAAAACAAAUAAUGGAUUAUAUUCUCUACCUGUUAAACGAUCUACUAUAACAACAAUUAAAAGAAAUGAUAAUAAAUCUAAAUUAAUAUAUCCAUGUAAUACUAUUUGUUCAUUUGGUAUUUCUGAAUGGAAAGGAAAUAGAGAAACAAUGGAAGAUUGUUUAUGUGUAAUAGAAAAUUUUAUUGAACAUGGAAAUCAUUUAAUUGUAUUAUGUGAUGGUCAUGGAGGUUCAGAAACAUCAUUUUAUUGUGUCUCUCGAUUUAAAGAAACAAUAGAAAAAAUAUUUAUUCAAAAACCAGAAGCAGGAAUAAGUAAUAUUCUCAUUCAAACAUUUCUUGAACUUAAUAAGAAUAUUAAUGUUUGUGGAAUUAAAGAUGGAUCAACUUGUCUUUGUAUUUUUAUUUGUGAUAAAAAACUUUAUAUUGCUAAUACUGGAGACUGUAAAUGUUUGUUAAUAAAACAAGAUGGAUUUAUACAAUUAACUGUUGAACAUCGUCCUGUUAUUAAAUCAGAAUAUAAAAGAAUAAGAGAAAAUGGAGGUUAUGUUAUUAAUGAUAGAACAAACGGCAUUCUUGCAUUAUCAAGAAGUUUAGGAGAUACAUCUAUUCAACCUAUUUUAACACCAACACCAGAUAUUUUCAUUAGAGAACGAGAAGAAUCUGAUCAAUUUCUUAUUGUAGCAUGUGAUGGAGUAUGGGAUUUCUUAAGGAAUGAAGAAGUUUAUUCAAUAGUAAAAAAGAGAAUAAAUUUUGAACCUUCAGAUAUUUCAUCUUCAAUAAGAGACAUGGCAUUUGCACGAGGAAGUACUGAUAAUGUUUCAUGUGUAGUUUGUAAAUUUUAA